AUUAUCGGCAAUAUUUUAGAGAUUUGAAAAUUGAAAAUAAAUAAUUGAUUGAUUAUUGUUCACUGAUAGAUAAUUACAGCAGACCAUUAUGUAAACAAAAUCAAAGUUACGGAUUGUAUCAAUAAGUUUCUCUGAGAAACAGCAUAGUGAUUGUAUUCUAGUUUUCAUUACCCAUUGGAGAUCAUUAUUUCGGGUUAACAUGUACAAAAUAUACUCAAGAUUUCUAAAAAUACCGAAGGAAGUCAUAGGAAUAAAGAGACAUCAAAUACUUGGAAAAAAAUUCGAAAUUGAGGAAAUACCUUACCGGAUUCAGAUAUUUCGAUCAGAACACAAUACUACCACAGAAAUCAGUAGUAGUUAUGAGAUAUAUAAAAAGUAUUUCUUGUAUUCUGUGUUUUUCGGUACUACUUUAUUUACAUCAUAUAAAAUGUGGCUUAACUAUAAAGUUCUUCCCUCAAUAAAUGCGGCCGAAGAAAUAACAGAAACUGAUUCUGAAAGUGAGGGUGAUAAGCAAAAAAAGAGAUAUAGAAAAGAAAAAAUUGGCUUCCGAGACAGAAAGAUUAUUGAAUAUGAAAAUCGUAUGAGAGCAUACUCGACACCAGAUAAGAUCUUUAGGUAUUUUGCAACAAUAAAAAUAACAUUUGGGGAGAAUACAGAAGUUUAUAUGACACCAGAUGAUUUCUUGAGAGCUAUCACUCCCAAUAUGAAACAACCUGAUGGUUUGGGAUUGGAUCAGUACAAAAGAUAUGACCCUAAAAACAUCGAUGAGACGAUCAGCCAGCGACUCAACCUGGACCUGGACGAGGACUCAAUAUUCUACAAGCUCGGGUCGUCCGGUCUCAUCACCUUCAGCGACUACAUAUUCCUACUGACCGUGUUAUCGACGUCCCGGCGCCACUUCGAGAUAGCGUUCCGCAUGUUCGACCUGAACGGCGACGGCGACGUGGACUGCGAGGAGUUCGAGAAGGUCGCCGCGCUCAUCCGCCAGCAGAGCAGCAUCGGCUCCCGCCACCGCGACCACGCCAACACCGGCAACACUUUCAAGGGAAUAAAUUCAGCUUUGACAACAUACUUCUUUGGUCCCACAUUGAAGGAGAAAUUGACUAUCGAGAAGUUUCUAGACUUCCAACACCAACUGCAAAAGGAAAUCUUGUCUCUUGAAUUCCAAAGAAAACAGCCAGAUGAAAAUGGUCGCAUUACUGAAGCAGACUUCGCCGAGUUAUUGCUGGCAUACGCCGGCUAUCCAGCCAAGAAGAAGGCUAGAAUGUUGAAGAGAGUGAAGAAAGCUUUCCGCGACCACGGCGUGGGUAUCACCAAAGAGGACUAUCUAUCGUUCUUCCAUCUACUGAACAACAUCAACGACGUGGACACCGCGCUCACGUUCUACCACAUCGCGGGCGCGUCCAUCGACCAGCCCACGUUACGUCACGUCGCCCGCACCGUCGCCCACGUCGACCUGCACCCGCAUCUCGUCAACGUAGUGUUCACCAUAUUCGAUGAGAACAUGGACGGGCAACUUAGCAACCGGGAAUUCGUGGCGGUGAUGAAGAACCGUCUGCUGCGCGGCCUCGAGAAACCCAAGGAUACGGGGUUCGUCAAACUCAUGUAUUCGCUCAUCAAGUGCGCGCGAGACACCAAACCCGCGCUACUUGACUUCUAAGUCAACAUUAACCAUAAAGGCGAAGCGACACUACGCUGCAGCGGAGUGACGCGACGCGUAGAGGUUUGCUUUCCAUGUAAAUCCGUUUGCUCGUUUGCCUCCUAAUUUUAUUAAAAAAAAAGGCUUAGCUUAUAUGAUUUCAUACAAAGAAUAUUUGGCCGUGCUGUGUCGCUCCGUUGCAGCGUUAUGACACCUAAUGAGACCGCAUUAGGUGUCAUAACCUUAAUCCAUAGCGACUUACUAAUAAAAAUAUUUACACAGCGAAUAACUACAAGGCGUAAAAG